AUCUCAGCCUCUGAACGGUCACAGCGGAACUCGUCACUGCUGCUGCGAGGGCUCUACGUGUGUUCAUCUGAAAACAGCAUGAGUCUACGAGAGAUCACUGAGAAUGUGAAGCUGGCCCGCGAAUACGCCCUGCUAGGAAACUACAGCUCGGCCUGCGUUCUCUAUCGUGGGGUGCUUGAACAAAUCCAAAAAUAUGUGUCUGCUGUGCGAGACAGCGGUUCGCAGCAGAGAUGGCAGCAGGUGUGGCAAGAAAUUAGUGAAGAGAAUCAACAGGUUCAGGACAUAAUGUCAACUCUAGAAAACUUUCAGCUGGACACGUCGUCUGUUAAACCCAGUAACUAUGAUGAUUUUGAAAAAAGACCAGUGCAUGUGGAGCAGAGACAUUCUCCUUGUCCUGUCAGGCGUUCUUCUAACCUCUAUAAAGAGAGCAAACCUGCCAACAACCACCUGAGCGGGGCCGGGAGGGCCCAGCAGAGGCACGCGCCUCGAGGGGCCAACGGAGACAGAAGCAAACCUUCCAAAGGCAAAGAAAAGAAGGAACCAAAAGAGACAAAGGAGGCUGCUGGCAAAGCAAAGGACGAUAAGAACAAAAAAUCAGAUGUCCAGGAAAAAGAAAUGAAAAAGUUUGACGGGACAGGAUAUGAUAAAGACCUCGUGGAAGCUCUGGAGAGAGAUAUUAUAUCUCAGAAUCCAAAUGUGAAAUGGGAUGAUAUUGCAGACCUAGAAGAUGCAAAAAAACUCCUGAAAGAAGCAGUCGUGUUGCCAAUGUGGAUGCCAGCAUUUUUCAAAGGCAUACGAAGACCGUGGAAGGGAGUGCUUAUGGUGGGACCUCCAGGAACAGGGAAAACGCUUUUGGCCAAAGCCGUUGCUACGGAAUGCAGAACCACGUUCUUCAACGUGUCCUCAUCUACGCUCACCUCCAAGUACAGAGGAGAGUCUGAAAAAUUAGUUCGCGUUCUCUUUGAAAUGGCACGUUUUUAUGCUCCAACGACAAUCUUCAUUGAUGAAAUUGACUCCAUGUGCAGCCGAAGAGGGACAUCAGAGGAGCAUGAGGCCAGCAGGAGAGUCAAGGCCGAGCUACUGGUGCAGAUGGAUGGUGUUGGUGGAGCGUCGGAGAACGACGACCCGUCAAAGAUGGUGAUGGUGCUGGCCGCCACCAACUUCCCAUGGGACAUUGACGAGGCUCUGAGGAGGCGGCUGGAGAAGAGGAUCUACAUACCACUGCCUUCAACUAAGGGGCGAGUGGAGCUGCUCAGGAUCAAUCUGAAGGAGCUGGAGCUGGCUAACGACGUGGACUUGGACAAGAUCGCAGAGCAGAUGGAGGGCUACUCAGGAGCUGAUAUAACUAACGUGUGCAGGGACGCCUCUCUAAUGGCCAUGAGGCGAAGAAUCGAGGGCCUCACGCCAGAGGAGAUCCGCAACAUUUCCCGGGACGAGAUGCACAUGCCCACCACCAUGGAGGACUUUGAGACAGCUCUGAGGAAAGUGUCCAAAUCGGUUUCAGCAUCUGACCUGGAAAAGUACGAAAAGUGGAUCGAAGAGUUCGGGUCCUGCUGAAAAAAGUCAGACUCCGACUCAUCUGUGUUUGACCGCGUGACUAGUGGGAGGCUGUGUAAUCCAGGUAACAGAGGGUUCUAACGUGACCAUGUGUGUCAGGCUGAGACUUUAAAUUCCUCUGAAUCAGUCAGUUGAUUUGGAUGAAGGUAGGUCAUUACAGUGGGUAAAUAAGUGCACUUAAAAUCAGCACCUCUCCCUUUUUGUACAUUAUGUUAAUGUUAUGCAAACGUUUUAAUCUGAAAAGGUCUAAAGAGUCAACUUCAAGAAGUUAUGGGUGAUGGCUGUCAUUUCAUUUGCAAAAUAUUUUAUUGAUCAUGAAGUCAUCAAAUGUGAGCAAAGCUCACAAAACUGAGGCUACAAAUCUCCAGAGAGUUCAUUCCAGACAUGUUUUCUUCAACUUUACACAAGUGUCAUAAUAUGUUUGUACUGUUCUAUUUACUUGCAAGCAAAUCCAAUGCUAUUCCUGUUGGCUUAUUUCUUGUUUUUAUUGCACUUGAUCAUAUUUAGAACCACAUGGUUCUGUGACAUUUUUGUAGAUGUAAAUUAUUGUGAACAAAACACUAACUAGAUAUUUCUAUAAAUAAAAGUUUAUAAACAUUAA